AUGUAUGUAUUCCCUAACCCCUAUGGCCCUAUUCCCCUUAGUUUUUUUGAAUCUGUGGGCUGUGGCUCUGUCUCUGCAAAUUGCAAUAUGCCAGAACCAGAGGAUAAUAUGGAUUCAGUGGGCACUGGCACUCAAUUUGAUAGUCAGCAGGCAAUGGUAAUGGUGCCAAUGUCAGUAGCUGAACAACCAUCACUUUGGAGACCGGACCCAAAGCAAGGCACCUUGCAAGCAUGUCGGGGGGAAGCCCCUACCACUUGGAGGUUUGAUCAAGAAGCACUUAGAGAAGCCUUUGCUGAGAUGCGUGUUAGGGCUGCUGUUAGAUAUAUCAAAAAUGGGACUUCAAGAUUGGUCAAGUUUAAAGAAAUUGCUGAGGAAGAGAAAGUGGACAGCAAAGAUUUUUUGAAACUUGAUGUACCGACAAGGUGGAAUUACACAUAUUUGAUGUUGAAGGCUGCAAUUGUGUAUGAGAAAGUGUUCUUAAAGUUAGCUGAAGAUGACACUAAUUAUGUUAUUGAUCUGUCUGAAGCAAGGGAUGGUUUUGGGCAUCCUGAUGAAGAUGAUUGGGACAAUGCAAAGAAGAUGGCAUAA